AUGUCAAAAAAGGCCAACGAAAAGACGAAAGAGCCGCUUAAGUCAAAGAGGAAGCCGAAAGUAGCAAGGUCUGUUUUCUACUGUAUGAACGAGAAGGAGCUUGUCCAAGCUGCAUCUACCUACCUCAGCAAUCUGCAGAACGAACACAAGCCCGAGCCCAACAGAGUGGGUCCUGUCUCUAAACAGAGGUCGUUAUCCCCAGCUGCAAAGGAUUCCUGGGACAGCGACAAGGCCCAAGAUAGGACCUAUGUGUCUGAAUCGGACAUUGACAUAACAGAGGUGGAGACUGUGCCCUAUCCUGUCGUGAGCACAGAGGCGACCAAGGACAGAGAAGGACCCCAAUGUAACGACGAGAGACACACACAGGACACGAGUGGAUUCUCUCUGGCUGCCACUGAAGACGAGAAAGAGGCGUUCCAACUACUCUACCUGUGCCCCGACACAGGCAUAGAACCAGCAGCUGCCAACACUGCUGCCAGCAACGCAAAGGCUACAAGAACUAUUGAUUCCAUGUGCUGUGUCAUUGCCGUACAUGCAGAUGUGAAAUGGGCUGAUGAGGACUUUUUCAGUGUGAAUAAAUUCUCCUGCAAAAAGGAGAAGAGAUGA